UGCUGGUUUGGCUGGAGUAAUCUUGAUCGGUCGUGUGGGAAUAUUGAAUAGGCGAACAGCAGCAUACGUGGUCAGACAGCCGUCAGAGCGGAACAGACGCGGGAGCUGAGAGUGCUGUGUAUUAGCAGCUUUCACACUAUCCCAUCCUUAAAAAACCUUUAACAGCAUGGGCGAUUUCUAAACAAAUACACUGGGAGAUACUGUGACCUACAAUGGCUGUGGAUGCGGCUGCUAGCUUCAGUUUCUGCAGGAAUGUUCUGGAGCACACUGUCUCGGCGGAGGAGCUCAACUACCAGUUGCCCCGGCAGCCAGGGGGCAGCCUUACCUGGCAUGAUGAGAGAGGGCAAAGGAUGGCAGGUGGCAGGACCGUCAAACUGCUGCAGCAGCCAGGGACAGAAACAAUACAGAUCAGAUCGGGUCAGGCGUUCAGUGUCUACCACACGAGCCCCACGCUGACCAGUCUAUCCAAACCAGUCGUCCUCUGGACACAGCAGGACGUCUGCAAAUGGCUGAAGAAGCACUGUCCACACAACUACUUGACCUACGUAGAGGCCUUCUCACACCACGCUAUUACAGGGCGAGCCCUCCUGAGACUGAACGGGGAGAAGCUGGAGCGCAUGGGCAUUGUUCAGGAGACUCUGCGGCAGGAGGUCCUACAGCAGGUGCUGCAGCUCCAGGUGCGAGAGGAGGUGCGGAACCUGCAGCUCCUCAGUCAAGCUUCUUUUGGAAAUCUCUAGAAGCUUAUCCGUCCUUUUGGCAGCUCGCUUCUCACACAAUGCAUCUGGGAUUCCUUUGGGAGGGACUGCUGCAGACUCCAGAUAGGAAGAUGGAAAAGCAUGCUUUCAAUUGGAAAGAAGGCUUUGGCCUCCGAGGGACUGAUUCAAACCACACUCUGCGAGGCUUUAGAGGAACAGGCUUAUAACAAGGGAGGACACUGAAAGCGUGCUGCUGGGGAUUCAUACAACGGCCUGCAAUGUAGAUGAACAUUGUUAGCGAAACCCAAUAGGACUUCUGUAUGGAUUUUUUUUUUUUGUCAGGCUGAAAACUGAAACUGCUAAGCACCUCUGAUAAUCAGAUUUUAAAAUGUAUUUCUCGUAUUCUAAAUAUGGAGAAUCCUUUUAGACUUCAGAUCACUUGUAUUAACAGGUCCUGUGGUUUUCUUUUACACUAAUGGACUGACCUUGCUGUCAAGCCAUGGUGGUCGAUGCUAACUGUUAAAUUGUUCACCAUCUUAAAACUGAAUGCUAAAGUUUUCACGCUGCCAUACGUAAUAAUAAUAAUUAUAAUAAUUAAAAUUAUUUUUAAUGUAUUUUGCAUCUCAGGUUAUUAUUUUUAAUAUGUUUGUCAUGUUGACAUUGAUUUUUGUUUUUAAAUUAUUCUCAUUUAAAAUUGUAACACAUUUUAAUUAGCCAACAUCCUCUUAAACAACACAAGUCGUUGUAGUGUCACAAAAUGAAGUUACAAACAAUCAAGACAACUGGAUAACAGAGGACCAUUAUAAUUUCAAUGAUUUUAAAAGAAAGCCCUUGAAUGUGUACAAUAUCUAAUGCAUUGUAAUCUCUCUAUAUAUAAUCUAUAUAUGUAAUCAUAGUACCCAUUAUUCCUGCUGUUACAUGUUAACUCCUGGUGGAAUAAGUAUGUAAUUACACGGCAAAUGCCUGUAUCCUGGUGUUACAAUCUGAUUACAUCAGAUAACAAAAUCUUGUUCCCGAAGCCAUUCAUAUAAUUACACAGUAGCCACUGUGUGAACGAAGAAGCAUUGCUAAUUAUCCAGUAAUCUGUUCUGUAAUAUCACGUGGUACCCAAUAUUAUGUCUAUGAGACCGGUAAUAUUAAAAGGACUCAUUUCUUA